AUGAGAUUUGGGAAGAAACGGAAAAUAAGCCCUCGGUACAUUGAGCCAUUCGAGAUCCUGGAAAUGGUAGGUCCGGUUGCUUAUCGAGUGGCAUUACUCCCAACACUAUCCAGAGUUCACGACGUGUUUCACAUAUCAGUCCUGAGGAAGUAUGUGCCAGAUCCUUCACACGUGCUGAGUUACGAACCUCUGGAGAUCAGUGAUGCACUAGCAUACGAAGAGGUUCCAGUACAAAUAUUAGAUCAGAAGGUACAACAGUUACGGACUAAGGAGAUAUCGUUAUUGAAGAUAUUGUGGCAUACUCACGCAGUUAAGGAAGUUUCAUGGGAAUUAGAAUCAGAGAUACGUCAGAAGUACCCUCAGUUAUUCAGAGAUAGUUAG